CAUGUUUUAUUAUGCAACAUUUAUAAACUCUAUUCUCUGGCAGGUUUCGGGGAUCAUAUUCACUGGAGAACACUAGAAGAUGGGAAGAAAGAGGCAGCAGCCAGUGGGUUGCCUCUUAUGGUUAUCAUCCACAAGUCCUGGUGUGGAGCUUGUAAAGCUUUAAAGCCAAAGUUUGCUGAAUCCAAGGAGAUCUCUGAACUUGCUCAUAAUUUUGUUAUGGUCAACCUUGAGGAUGAUGAAGAACCAAAGGAUGAAGCUUUUAGCCCAGAUGGAGGUUACAUUCCCAGAAUCCUUUUCAUGGAUCCCAGUGGAAAAGUCCACCCAGAGAUCAUCAAUGAGAAAGGAAAUCCCAGCUACAAGUAUUUCUAUACCAAUGCUGAUCAAGUUGUCCAAGGGAUGAAGGAGGCCCAGGAGAAGCUGACAGGUGAUGCUUUCAAACAAAAACACCUGGGAGAUGAACUAUAAUAAAUAUACUGAAUGAUGCUUUUUCAUCACUUCAAAACUCUAAAAUGAAAU